CUCUCGUCGUCUCUCGGUUUCCUCCGUUUCCAGCGGACGCUCUCUUCAGUGUUAACUUACAGGCGGCAGGUGUGUUCUCCGACAGUCAGCCGAAGCUUUUCUACACUUUGACAACGUUUUGGACCGAUUUUGGAUACUAAACGGAGCCGAUAAGUCCCACUGCAAGUCGACUGACUACACUAUAGGCUACACCCUGACUGUGAGGAUGUUGCAGUGGUAGACAGUGGAGCAUCUUCCUCACUCAGCCGGCACCGUCAGCUGUUGCUCUAGCAGAGAGUGGGAGAGUCUGGAGCAACAAAAAAAAGGCCAAACUAUGCGACUGACUUUCUACCGGUAACCGUUUUCCUGCUUCUGUCGACUCUUGAGCGGAUGCGAGCAGAGGUUGUCAACGAGCCUCUGGUUAUUUUCUGCCGUUUUUCGGUGCCGGAGGAGCUGUGCCAAUGGAGAAAGCGACUCCGCCGCCCCAGCCCCAGCUCCAGCUGUCGAUAGCGAAGACAGAAAGUCCUGCGGAGGACAUCUCCGCUCUUACGGACGAGGAACUGCUCAAGUGGACCAAAGAUGAUCUGGUGCGACGGCUGAGGCGGUCUGAGGCCGACAAGAUGAGCGUGAUUCUGGACCACGGGAAUCUUAUCCGGGAGGUCAAUCGCAGCCUCCAGCUGCACUUGAACGAGAUCAGGGGGCUGAAGGACAUCAAUCAGAAGCUGCAGGAGGACAACCGUGAGCUGCGGGACUUGUGCUGUUUCCUGGAUGACGACCGCCAGAAAGGAAAGCGUGUUUCAAGGGAGUGGCAGCGUUUGGGACGUUACAGUGCCAGCAUCAUGCGCAAAGAGGUGACCCUCUACCUCCAGAAACUCAAGGAGCUGGAGCUUCGACAGGAGGAGGUAAUCAAGGAAAACACAGAACUGAAGGAGCUCUGCCUGCUGCUGGACGAGGAGAAGGGAGUGGUAGGUGGAGGUGUUGGAGGGGGAGGGGUAGGGAGUGUAGGAGGUGUAGGGAUGGGAGGGUGCCGCAACUCCAUAGAUAGCCAGAAUAGUUUGCUACUGGUGCCUGGGCAUGGGCUCCUGAUGAGAGACGUAGGAGAUGGGAGCAGCACCUCCAGCGCAGGGAGUGCUGACAGCUCCGAUCACCCUCACCACAAGCAGCCUCACCUUGCUCCAGGGGUGGGCGGAGUUGGGAGCAGUGGUGGUGGAAAAGGGAGCCCAGAGCUUGUGCACAAACCAAGGUGUAGCAGUAUCAGUGGAUUAGCAGGCGGAGGUGGAGGAGACAGGGAGGUGUCCAGUCCUGUGCUCCCUACUGGGCGUCAUCGGAGUACAAGCCUGGAGUACCCAUACACUCUGCCACAGAUCUGCCGGCCCCGCUGUGGCUCCAUAUCCGUGCCUGAUCACAGUAGAGUCAUGCGGGGUCUCAGCCCAGAGAAAUAUGGGAGGAACAUGGGCGGGCGGAGUCCAGAGCAGCACCCCAAGCACCACAGCUCUGAUCUCCUCCUGGGCCAGAGGCAGCACUUCCUGGGUCAGGGAGGCAGCGGGGAGCUCUAUCAGAGGCAUAACAGAAGCAGCAUUAGCAGUACUGGCUGUGGGAGCCCUGAACCCAGGCUGGCACAUUUAGGGACCACUGAGCACCAUGAAAAGGUCCAUGGGGGCAGCCCUGAAACUCACAGGCACCAUUACAGUAUGAGCCCUGACCAUGUGAAGUUUGGCAGCCCUGUGAGGGAGGGGCAGAGGAGAGCGGCUGGAGACGAGCUGUCACCACACCAUCGGAGCAUUUACAAUGGCAUGAAUGCUUUGAUAUCAGCCGGCUGCUGCACCAACAACUGUAGAAAUGUCAAGCUAUGGGACAGCUUUGAUGCCUCAUCUUGACCACAACUUGAGAAGCUAAUCUCCUCAAACGGAGGGGGUGUCGCAGUGGUACAGCCACGCUGCAUCUCUGGCCUUGAGCAUCACGAGGGUCCCUGGACUCCACCCUCCAUGGCUCCAGAUUAGGCCGUCGCUGCGGGAUCAUCUGUGUCCAAAGCCCUGAAACAGCCUGCCUCCAUGUUUUUAUUUCUACAUAUCGGGACCUCAAGAGAAGGGGGGGUUUGGAACAUGGUAUUCCUUAAGUACCAUUAGUAACCUUGUGCAGACUGCUGCAGCUAAAAGGACCGGAGUGGAUAUCUCUUCCUGCCAAAUAUGACAUGGCUACCUACCGGCAAGCACCCAGAGACAGGAAGGUACGCUUUGAGAAGAUGAUGAGAGAGGACUCUGCACUGUCUCUGCUGCCGCCCUCUGUUUACAAAUGUAGAUCAUUGGUGGAGAAGCACAUAAGUUGAACUUAAUACACUGUGCUGUUUGAAACCUCAUUUUCCCACUCUCCUUCCUCCUUUCUCCUCUUUCCUUCCCUGGUUUUCCACUUCUCUCCUCUCAUUCAAGUAGAGAUAACAAUCAUCUUCCAAGUGUGUAAUGAGACUGGUGUAAUGUCAUGUUCUGUCUCGCAAACUCCAAAUCCAGCUGAUCACAUUACCAUCAUCUUCAACUUUUUUCAGCAAUUUCAAGGGAACAAAACAAAAACCAUAUUUGUCAAAAAUGUUCUAGCAAAGAAAAAAAAAACUCUUCCUGUGUCUUAAACCGAGAUGGUCGACUAUAGCUGCUGACAGAUGUUCUAGUUCUAUAAGAUGCAAUGUUCAGGUGUACUUUUUCUGUUUGGUUUGAUCUUCUUUGCUCCCUUAAAGCGCCUAUACUGAAGCCGGGGAAAAGAUGAUGACGUUUCUCCAUGUUCUUUUUUACAGUCCAAGUAAAGAGGUAGAUUAUUUGAUUAGUUUUCUAUAUAUCUCUAUAUCUAUAAAUAUAAUAUGAUUAUUAUUUUUGACUUACUGG